CACUAUCUGAACAAGUUUUAUGGAUGCCCACAAGACAGAUGCAACCUCGUGGUGCUCAAAGACACACUUAAGAAAAUGCAAAAGUUCUUCUCGCUGCAAGAAACUGGAGAAAUUGAUGCCAAAACCGUGGAAACCAUGAAAAAACCUCGCUGCGGCGUCCCAGAUGUGGCCAACUACAACUUCUUCCACAGGAAGCCCAAGUGGCAGAAGAAGGACAUUACAUACAGAAUUCUGGGUUACUCUCCAGAUCUGGAUGAAGAAGUCAUAAAUGAUGCUUUCUUCAGAGCUUUUAAAGUAUGGAGCGAUGUCACGCCACUCACUUUCACCCGAAUCAUGGAUGGGGAGGCAGACAUCAUGGUUAAUUUUGGCCGCAAUGAGCAUGGUGAUGGUUAUCCUUUUGAUGGCAAGGAUGGUCUCUUGGCUCAUGCCUUUGCCCCUGGGCCAGGAAUUGGGGGAGACUCGCAUUUCGACGACGAUGAACAGUGGACUUUGGGAGAAGGACAAGUGGUGAAAGCGAAGUUUGGCAAUGCUGAUGGAGAGUUCUGUAAAUUCCCCUUCCUGUUUAUGGGCACUGAGUAUAACAGCUGCACGCCUCAGGGCCGAGAUGACGGCUUCCUGUGGUGCUCCACAACUUACAACUUUGAUGAAGAUGGGAAAUAUGGAUUCUGCCCUCAUGAAUUACUUUUCACACUGGGUGGGAACGGAGAUGGUGCUCCAUGUAAAUUCCCCUUCACCUUUCAGGGGGUGAAGUAUGACAGCUGCACCACUGAGGGCAGGGAUGAUGGUUACCGCUGGUGCGCCACAACUGAGGACUAUGACCGUGACACAAGCUAUGGAUUCUGCCCAGAAACAGCUAUGUCGACAGUGGGAGGGAAUGCAGAUGGAAGCCCCUGCGCUUUUCCUUUCACCUUCCUGGGAGACAGUUACGAUUCUUGCACUACCUCUGGCCGCAGUGAUGGAAAAAUGUGGUGCGCCACCACCAAGAGCUAUGAUGAUGACCGCAAAUGGGGUUUCUGUCCCGACCAAGGCUACAGUCUGUUCCUGGUGGCCGCCCAUGAGUUUGGUCAUGCUCUUGGUUUGGAGCACUCUCAGGACCCUGGGGCGUUGAUGGCUCCUAUUUACACUUUUACUAAAGACUUCCGACUUUCUCAUGAUGACAUCCAGGGYAUCCAAGAGCUGUAUGGCAUCCCAACAGACAAACCUUUGCCUCCAACCCAGGGUCCUGUCACUCCAAUGGACAUCUGUAAAGAACCWGUUAUCUUUGACGCUGUUGCACAAAUCAGAGGAGAGACCUUUUUCUUCAAAGACAGGUUCCUGUUCAGGUCAGUGAACUUCAGAAACAAACCCAACGGCCCUAUGCUAGUGGCCACCUACUGGCCUGACCURCCUGCCAAGAUAGAUGCCGCCUAUGAAAACCCAGUGGAGGAAAAAACGGCCUUCUUUGCAGGCAAUGAAAUGUGGGUUUACAAAGGUGAUGCUCUGGAAAGAGGUUACCCUAAGAGACUUUCCAGCCUCGGCUUCCCUGCAGAUGUGCAGCAAAUUGAUGCUGCUUUUAACUUCCGAAAGAACAGGAAGACUUACCUGUUUGCUGGAGAGCAAUUUUGGAGAUUACAGCUACUUCUUUAAAGGAAAUCACUAUUUCAAACUUGAAGACAGCAGUUUGAAGAUUGUCAAGUUAGGUGAAAUCACAAAGGACUGGCUUGGUUGUUAAACAUUUACCAAAGUGUUUCACACCAGGUGAUGAUAAUCUCACCUCCUGAGGACAUACAGUAAGCAUAGAGUCGCACACAGCCUGAGGUUGUCGCAGUGUGCACUGUUUUAAGAUUUUAUCCUGGCAACCCGCACGCUUCUGUUGGAGACAUUUACAUUACCUCCAGCCUGUAUAAUCAGUCUUCAGCUUUGAAUAUUGGCACCUCAAGAUCUUUUAAAUAGGCUGAACAUAUAAAACUGGACAUUUGCUUCAUUUCUGUGUGAUUGUGUCUAAUUAUUUGUUAUUUUAAUGAAGAUUUAAAAAGAAAGAUAACCCCCUUUUUUGAUGUUAUAUGUUUUGUUUUGUUUUUUGGUACUUAAAAAAUAGACAUCAGGUAUGUCCACAGUGUACUGGAUGCAGUGCUUCACUGUGCCUUGAAAUGUUGCCAAUUUAUACAAAAUUGAUUGUGUAAUUACGUUUUUGUGAAUGAUUUAUUCAUGUUGGCGUUAGAUUACUUAUACAUCCAGUGUACAAAGUACAGUUUUUAUAAAUGUGAUAUUUUAUUAUUAUUUUCUGAAUGUUGUGCAAUUCAUUUGACAAAUGAACUUUCACAUUGUGACCGAGUAUGGUGCUUUUAGAUACUGCUUCUUGCGUUUAGACCUACAUAUAUACUGUGUAUUUUAUAGUGUGUUACUAAGUCUGAUGUGGGUAUUUUCUGGAUAUCAGAAAGAAGCAUCCACAGGCAUAUACGUAUUAUUAUUUUCUUGGUUAGCACUUUGUAAAAAAACAAACAAGCAAACAAACAAACAAACAAAAAAGAAACUAUUUAGGAAAAGGGAAUGAUAAAGAGAUUAGGCACUGCCAUAGCAACUCUACAUUAUGUUGCAUUGCCUUUCACUGUUGGUACAGACAAAUUAACCGGGAAGAUAAGGCACAGGUUGCCUCUACAGGUUGUAGGUUUGCUCCCUGAUGGGAUCACAAGAAAAAAUAAUCUUCUAAAAAUAUGUACUUGUAUUUUUUAGUUUAGUUUUGUUGUACUAGGUUUUCUUUCUUUGUAACAACAUAGUUGUGUAUCGUGAUGUUUUCUAAUGCUUGUGCACUUUGUUACCAGUAUCAAUUAAAAAAAUGCUCAUUAUAUUGAACUCUGUAUGUCUUGAAAAAGUCCAUGUAGAUGGUUACAACUGUUAAGAUGUUUUCCCAGCAAGUUUCUGAAUUCAUGAACCAAAUAUUAAAUACAAUGUUGUCUAAACUGAUGGGAGUAAUGCAGAUGUUGCUCCAGUUUAUUACAGUGAAAAAGAAGCUGAACUGAAUGGCAAAA